CAGUAACAAAUCGGCCCAUGGCGGCCAUCUUCGAAGUGUAACAACGCGAAGUUGAUUGCUGUGGGAAAAAUCGGGUUCAACUCCGGCUACAGGCAUCAAACGACUGCACAAAAUUACUGGUUAAUUUGUCAAGGUACAAGGAGUAUUUUGGAUAGCAGUUGAAGUGUAUGUCACAGUUAAGAUGUCUGGGUUUGAGGAGAUUGGCAUUGCUGGGCCAGACCAUCUUCGUGAGGCUUUGACUAAUUGCACCGAUCCCCAACAAGCCAUUGAAGACUUCCAGGCUGAGAAUGGGAUUCUCUUGCCCACCCUCCAACCUGCUCUGCCCUUGCUGGACCUCCAUGGCAUCCGCCGCUUUGAAUUCCACCGCUCCAUCAUGGAAGAACUCCGGCAACAGCUCAUCGAGAAAUGCAGGCAGCUCUCGGAAGUCGGAAACAAGAAGUCCUUCAAGACCAUUGAGGAGCUGCUGUCCAAGUGCUUCCCUCUCAUCAGAGUGAAAUCGGUACAGCCAGUCGUCAUGGAGAUCAUGAAGCUCCUUCCAAAGGUUCCCCCCAAGUACCUGAUGGCUGUCGUAGACGAUCGAGAACUGUACAAAGCGGCUUCGACUGAAGUAAAACGGCAGAUAUGGGAGCAGAACCCAUCACUCUUCGGCAGCGAAGUGUCUCCACUACUGUCAGACUACAUCAAAAGCAAAGAGGCUGUCCUGUUUGGUAAUGAGACCAUCAACUCGCACAUGUUCUUCUCGGUGACGCCCAAGACACGACGCCAGGGCGAAGUGGUCCAGAAACUCGCUCACAUGGUCGGCAAGAGCGUCAGGUUGUAUGACAUGGUGCUGCAGUUUCUGAGGACGUUAUUUCUGAGGAGUAGGAUAAUGCACUACUGCACGCUGCGGGCCGAGCUCCUCAUGGUUCUACAUGACAUGGAAGUGCACGAGAUUUGCACAGAGGACCCGUGCCAUAAAUUCACCUGGUGUUUGGACGCCUGUGUGCGUGAGAAGUUUGUGGAUGAGAAACGUGCCCGGGAGCUCCAAGGCUUUCUUGAUGGUGUCAGGAGAGGGCAGGAACAAGUCUUAGGUGACCUUUCGAUGAUCCUGUGUGACCCGUUUUCCAUUCACACCUUAGCCAGCAGUGGCAUCAAGGUCUUACAACAACUCUUGAACACAGAGAAGUUACCAAGGGAAAGCGCUGUCUUGUUGCUGCUUCUGAGAAUGUUAGCCCUGGGACUUGGUGCCUGGGAUAUGAUUGAUAAACAGCUGUUCCGUGAACCCAAAAUGGAAAACGACCUGGUUGUGAGAUUCCUUCCGAGUCUUGUGUCCCUCCUUGCCGAUGACUAUACCCGCCACAUCAACAAGCGAAUCCACGAGACCGAGGAUGAUCCCAAACUCCAAGACAUUCCCAACCAGCUCCUCAGAUCUGCCCGCAAGGACCGCAUUGCAGCCACACUGCUCCUUUACUACGUCUUAAACAUCACUCGGCAGAGGAACAAGGAAGCCCUGUCCCGCAUCCUGCCCAAGAUGACCAAGAUGGAGGGCAACAUGUCUUAUGAGGACAUCUUCCUGCAUCCUUUCACAUCGCAGCUGGCUCUGAUGAGCGAGGACUUUGCCUCCGAGACAUUUUGCAACCUCAUCUUUGAUGACUUCCUCCUUGCCUCCAGCAUUCAGGAGAACAUUUUGAGACAUUCGCUGCGACUGAUGGAGUAUGUCUUCCACCGGAUACCGUCACAGAGAACAAUGGAGUUGAUGGACAAGUUGGAACCGAAGACAGAGCAUGGCCAAGAAGUACGUGACUUGUACGGAAAUGUGUUGAAGAAGAUUGAAGCACACACACCUAGCCCAGCCACAGCACCUGAACCCCUGGACUCACCCUUGAUGAGUGUGCCAACACCAGCACCUCUCUGACCUAAUAAACUCCGCCCCCUCAGCUAGGUAAACACCUUGACUAUCCCCUACCAAGGGGUUCAUAGUGCAGUCUCUAAUUGAAGCUUUUUGGCUUUGUGGAUAGCAAAACUGCUGAUUUGUGUACCGUGGUAUUUUUUUUUCAGUUUAUAUUUAAGGAAACUGCCCUACAUUGGCCCAAUGUUGUUUCACUUUGAUCAGUUUGUAGGAUCCCACAUUUGACAGCCAAGUUACCAAAUUCAUGCAUGUGUGGCGGACUUAGUCCAUUUUUUAUUUUGAAAAAUCCAUGAACUGUGUUGCUUUACUGGCAAUAGAAAUCAAUGUGGUUCUGCCCUUCAGAGCUGUCUUCAAAUUCAUUUAUCUGCAAUGUCCUCACUAAAAUGAUCAAUGUUAUGUUAGUUAUGGGAGUUGAGAGAUGUCAGGUACUUUUCACAUGUGGAGGUGGGUGUGUAAGGAAGAGGGACGUAUUCAUCAUUACAUUAAAUGUGCAUACAUGUAGUGUCUGAAAACUGAAUUUCUGGAUAUGGGAAUGAAUUCUUUGCGCAGCAUGGCUGCGUCCGAGUUAAAAUCUUGGUCCAAGCUGUACAGAAAUUUGUUAAUAAAAUAUGUAUAAAUGUACAUGCAAAAGUAGCAAUUCUCGGGCCAAUAAGCCAUUUGAGAGUUCAAUUUGAAUAAAAUCUGGUACACUGAGUUAUCUGAUUGCACAUAAACAUAACAAUUUGAGUUCCCCAGACU